AUGUUGAACAUGAGCCGCCUUUCGUUUGUUGUUGGACUGACUGUUGUCAUUGGUGCAGUUUAUGCCAAUAAUCGUGCGGCCGUUUGUACAAAAGCAGUCAAUUUGGGUGUCACUUUCUAUACGGCAAAGGAAUUGGAGCCGAUUCUCGCUUGUGCGGAUGCUCACUUCUACAAUGAUCCAUAUGACAAAGAACUGGUUUCAAAAUGCAAAACAUGUGUGAUCAACAACAGUAUGAAUAAAGCUCUUUCAGCUUUGUCGCUGUACAAUGGAUUCAACGGCUGCACAGACCUGAUGGCUCUUCUCGAUAAGCUCUCAACUCCAUUCAUCAAUCAGUGCAAACCAGUUAUCAACAAGGCUCUCAACACUCUUAAAAACUGCAAGGCUAACAAUAAGCAGACCGGAACUGCUAAGCAGACCGCCUGUAUGAACAAAGUAUACGGUAACUGUAUUGCAAUGGUCACGAAAGCGUUCGUCAACAAAGUGUGUACUGCAUUGUCGAAGAAGAUGGAUUCCAAAGAAUGGAAUUGUUGUAAACAGUAUGCACCAAAAGUGGUCAAUGCCAAAAUGUACGAAUGCUAUAAUAUCGUAAAGUAA